AUCAGGAGUAACUUGAUCAAACAGCUAACUCCAGUAAAAUGGCAAGAAGCUUCACAUUCGGUGCCCUCAUUGCCUUGGCUCUUUGUUUCUCCUCCCCACUCAGCUUCGCCAUGGCAUCAGGAUUGUAUGUUGAAGGCAAAGUCUACUGUGACACUUGCCGCGUUGAGUUCGAGACCAAGCUCAGCGAGUUUAUUUCAGGUACUACGGUGAAGCUGGAAUGCAAGAACAGUGAGAAUAACACAAUAACAUAUGCAGUGGAGGGUGUAACUGGCGCUCAAGGCAAUUACAGGCUACCUGUCGAGGGUGAUCAUGAGGACGAAAUCUGUGAGGUGAGGUUGAUCAAAAGUGGAAUGGCAGACUGCACAGAACCAUUUAAGAGUGUUGAUCGUGCCAGAAUCGUCCUAACCAAGAACGUUGGAGUGGUGCAGCCAGCCCGCUACGCUAAUCCCCUUGGGUUCAUGAAGAAGGAAGCUAAUCCUGAAUGUGGAAAUGUUCUCAAGGAUAUGGGCUUCCUCCCUCUUAAUAAAUGAUUUGAUUUUAUUGGGCAUCAUUAAUUAAUGUGCCUGAUCUAAAUAAUUAAGGGUAUUUCCCCCUUUUUCUGACAUGUUUUGUAUUGACUAUCAGCGAUUAUCACAUUGAUGCAACUAUAGCAACUUUGCCAUACCA